GCCGCCAUGGGGGAGCGGCCGCGGGGCAGCGGCGCCGCCGCCCGGCGCUGAGGGACCGCCGAGCUGGGAGACCGAGGAGCUGCGCUGGGAGGACCCUGUCUGCAGGAUGUUCUCUCCACCAAAGAACUCCCUGUGACCGGCGAUGAUGACAGUCCCGGCGGGACCUUGGGAAGCGCUAACAUUUCAGUAGCCCAGCACCCGUGGACGGCCACUUUCCCCUCCUUCUCCAGACCCCGCCCUCCCACCGCUCACCGGGAUGGUGUAUUAACCAAGAGGAACCCUGCUUCUUUCCUCCUCACCCUUCCAUUUUCGGCAGCUCUGGGAUUUGUAUGGCAGCAGCGUAACCGUGGAGAGGCCGGGGUAUCACAAACUUAUGGAUUUUGAUAAGAGAGGAGGGAAAGGGGAGCUGGAGGAAGGUAAAAGGAUGUCCAAGACAGGUGGAGGAAGGAGUGGUCAUGGAGGCCGGGGUGCUGGAACCAACUCGGGAGUCUUAAUGGUGGGUCCCAACUUCCGUGUCGGCAAGAAGAUUGGAUGCGGCAAUUUCGGGGAGCUCCGUCUAGGGAAGAAUCUCUACACAAAUGAAUACGUAGCUAUCAAAUUGGAACCCAUAAAAUCUCGGGCCCCCCAGCUGCACCUGGAGUAUCGGUUCUACAAACAGCUCGGCAAUGCAGAAGGAAUUCCUCAGGUUUAUUACUUUGGCCCCUGUGGGAAGUACAACGCCAUGGUGUUGGAGCUGCUCGGACCCAGCCUGGAAGAUCUCUUUGAUCUGUGUGAUCGGACCUUCACGCUCAAGACUGUCCUGAUGAUUGCGAUCCAGCUGAUCACACGGAUGGAGUACGUCCACACCAAAAGCCUGAUCUACAGAGAUGUCAAGCCAGAGAACUUCCUGGUGGGGCGGCCGGGCAGCAAGCGGCAGCACACCAUCCACAUCAUUGAUUUUGGCCUGGCCAAAGAGUAUAUUGAUCCCGAGACCAAAAAACACAUCCCCUACCGAGAGCACAAGAGCCUGACAGGGACAGCGCGCUACAUGAGCAUCAACACCCACCUGGGGAAAGAACAAAGCCGCAGGGAUGACCUGGAAGCAUUAGGGCACAUGUUUAUGUACUUCCUCCGUGGGAGCCUUCCUUGGCAAGGCCUCAAGGCCGACACACUAAAGGAGAGGUACCAGAAGAUUGGUGACACCAAAAGAGCCACCCCAGUGGAGGUGCUCUGUGAGAACUUCCCAGAGGAGAUGGCCACGUACCUGCGCUACGUGCGGCGGCUGGAUUUCUUCGAGAAGCCCGACUACGACUACCUGAGGAAGCUCUUCACAGACUUGUUUGAGAGGAACGGUUACGUGUUCGACUACGAAUAUGACUGGGCAGGGAAACCUCUGCCCACCCCCAUUGGCACGAUGCACAGCGAGGUGCAGGUGCAGCCCCCGAACAGAGACAAAGCACAGCCACACACCAAACACCAGCCGCCCGAGGGGACGGAGUUGUGGGAUCCUCAGGCCGGUGGGCAGCCUGCCGAGGAGCCUUUGGGAGCUCACCUGGCAGCCGGCAGGCUCGGGGGGUCCGUCCAGGUGAUGAGCUCCACCAACGGAGAGCUGAACACAGAUGACCCGACGGCAGGACAUUCAAACGCCCCCAUCACAGCCCCCACCGAGGUGGAGGUGACAGACGAUACAAAGUGCUGCUGUUUCUUCAAGAGAAGGAAGAGGAAAACCACCAAGCGUCGCAAGUGAGCUGCCAGGGCCGGGCGGAGCGGCGAGCGAUGGCUCCUCUCCCUCUGGCCGUGGCUGGAUCUUGACCCACGGAGCCCCUGGGGCUGGACGGGGACGGGGGGGCCGGGCCGGACGGGCUCCCCCAGCGCCCCACACGCAGCUGGGGAGCGGGGCCUCCCCAAACUGCUUGUCCUUUCCUCCGCCACUCGUGGCCGUUUACUCGAACCAAGCCCAACUUCGCUGAAGUUCCUGCGUCCGUCAAACAGAAAAAAGAAAGAGAAAAACCCACGGCGUCACUUGCUUUGAGUUUAUAACAAGUCUGAAAUGGGGAUCAACUACAGACUCUGACCCGUCGCUGUCAGAAGAAGACGAAGACAAUUUCGAGAGCAGUGGGCUAAGGAGGAAUAUUUUUUUUUUCUGUUGCUUCUUUGUCUCUUAAGUUAAUUUAAAGUGAGUCUCGGUGCAGAGUGCUGAGUCGUCAGUCUUUGACCGUCAUCUUCAGUGUUACCGAAUUCUGCUCUGCCUCCCGGCCCCGCGUCCCCGCCGGGUCCCCUCGGUCAGGCCGGUGGUGACGGGGAGAGCCGGGGGCGCGCGGGGCGGGGAGAGGAAACGCGUUUACAGUUCAUUUACGAUGCACUUUUGCGAGCAAUACAGGCGCCGUCCGGUCCCGCCGAGAGCAGGUCCGAGACUCCCAGGGGCUGGGGGACACAGGGACAGGGACGGCCGAGACCAAAGGGACCCAUGAAUGGUGGUGGCAAAGCAGGGAGGGGAAGCAAAGCAGCCUCGUCUCUGGUGCUGCCAUGUCUUGGGGCUGGAUGUUUCCACAACAGCUGUAGGUGUGGGCAGGGCUUGAUCGGCCUCGGUUUUACAGCCUGAGCCCCCCCGCGGCUGCUCCCGGGGGGCCGGGCCGGGUGGGGAAGGGGGCCGGGGUGGAAUCCCCCAGCAUGGCAUCCCCCCACGGUGGGAUCCUCCCGGCCUGCUCCUGGGGCCGGGGGAAAUGGAGGUUUUGGAAGUGACACACAGACACCCCCCGCACCCCCGUGUUCCUCGCCACCCCCGGGGCACUGCAGCUCCCCACGUGAGUGACCCCGUGCGCUGUCGUGUGUAUUGAUCGUGACACAUUGGGGGGGGACACACACUUACCUUUACCAAAACCCUGUUGUUGUGCCCCAAGAGAAGGGGCUGAGGCUGUGCUGGGGGGGCGGGGGAGGGAUGGGACCAUCUGUGGCUGCUUUGAAACAUUUGUCCAAACUGACCAUCUCUGGGGGGGGCUGGAGACCUCGGAUUGUGGAGGGGCUGGGGGGGCGGGGGGUGUCCCCUGGGGCCUCCCCAGGGCCCCUCUUGGUCCUGAACUCGGGACUGACCCCGGCUUUGGCUUGUCCGGGCUGCGGCAGCCAGGGCAGCCCCAGCUGCUGCUGCGUCCCUGGCCACAGCGGGAAGGGGACGUGCAACGUUUGACCUCGUGUCCCCAGCGAGGCGAACAAACGAAUUUUAAAAAUCGCCUUAAAAUUUUCACUGGAAGUGGUCCCUUGUCAGCGCGUGGGCUCAGAGCAGCCCCGGCGGAGGCCGAAGAGGAGCCGCGGAGGGGAAGGGAAAGCGGCCACGAGGGUGUGCCCGGAGCGCCCGGCUCUGCCCGCACACCCUCGGCCGCCGGGGCCGGGGCCCGAGCCCGGGACUCUCUGUCCUUCCAGCGAGGAGUCCAAAUACUGCGAUUGUACGUGAGAGCGUUUGUUCCAUUGCGAGUUUAGUUACUGCUUUAAAACCAAGUGUACAGAAAUGGCAUUUCAAUUUCUCUGAUGCUUCCUGGAAGCCAUAGA